GUUACAUCAUCGAGCGGAGUGAAGGUCAGGGCGAGAUGUGGGUGAGGGUGAACCUGGUGCCCAUCAAGGACACUGAGUACGCCGUCGCCAACCUCAUCGGUGGCCGGGAGUACCGCUUCAGAGUGUCAGCAGAGAACGCUGUGGGCAUGUCUGACCCAUCCCCGCCCUCAGAGAUAGUCAGCAUCUCUACUGACCAGGAGGCCACCGAACCCCACUUCCUCAGGGAACUGAGAGAUGCCAUCGCAGUGGAGAGCCAGAGGGUCGAGUUUUCUGUGGACAUCAUCGGCACACCGCUGCCAGACAUCACUUGGUACAAGGACGGUUUUGAAGUGUAUGACACAAGACGCUUCGAGUUCCGUGUGGAGGGAGAUCGAUACACGCUGGUGCUGAAGGAGGCGAAGCUCACGGACGAGGGGGACAUCAGAGUGAGGGCCACCAACCGUGUGGGAGUGGCCUCCUCUCAGGCUACUCUCAGGGUGGAGGCCCCGCCUCAGGUCAGGCUCCCACCACAGUACGAACAAGGACUAAUUUUCGAUACAGACGAACUUAUCCGACUACGAGUACCCUAUACGGGCCGACCUCAGCCACAGGCCGCCUGGACCCACAACGGCAAGGAGAUUGCGAGUGAUGACCGACACACUAUGGACGUGUCUGACAAGUACAUCACUCUGAAGAUCGCCGGAGCCUGCAGGACGGACAAGGGCAUGUACACCCUCAAGCUAUCUAACUCGCAGGGGAAUGAGACCUCCUCCUUCUUCGUCACCGUCACAGAUCGACCGGACGCACCCAGCUUGCCCACCAUCACAGACGUGUCAGGCACCUCGGUCACGCUGCGCUGGGACCCCCCACUGGACGACGGUGGCUGUAGGAUAUCCAAUUAUAUCGUAGAGUACUUCAGGGUGGGUUGGGAUGUGUGGCUCAAGGCUGCAUCCUCUCGCAUCACUUGGACACAGCUCAGUGACCUCAUCGUCGGCUCAGAGUAUCGCUUCCGUGUCAAGGCUGAGAACGCUUAUGGAGUGUCAGAACCUGGAGAAGAGUCUGACAAAAUCCUCUUCGAAGAAGCUAAGAGUCCUACAGGGUACGAAAACCUUGGUACUAAUGGGGGGAUGUUUAUCCCCAACUGUGAUCAGGGAAGCGCUCCUGAAAGGGGACUUGUGGGCACUCCAGUUGAUAUUCAAGAGCUGUCUGCUCAAUCUGGAAUGAUUAUUGAAAGUGUGAGUCUAAAGAGCUCACAGUCUCAGUAUGAGGAGCUGUUAAGGUUGCAACUUAGGAGAUUAGAAACUUUUUAUUCUGAUAAUGAUGAUUCUGAGAACGACGAUACACUAAUACAGGAAGUGAGUGGAGAGGAAGACUUCAGUAGUUCAGAUACAGAAACAUGUAUGUCUGAGCUUAUGGAAGAUCGAUUUCCCUUUUUAUCGAAUAGGUCAGGUACACUGUCGCUAGAUCAGUCCACCACCAGCCUGUUAGGACCACUUAGCCCUUAUUUCAUACACCCAUCGCGGUUACUUGGGUCUGUUUCUCUCUGGACUGAGUUAGGGAUUGUGAGUGGAGGAUUAACUCCAGCACAUUACUUAGGGACGAUCAGGGGCAUUUCAUCAGACAGCGAUCACACAGGGACAAUGAAUUCUCCCUCAACGGAGUCAUGUUGUUCAGGACAAAACUUCGUUGCCACAACUCAUGUCUAUCAUUCAUGGACGACGCCGAGUAACUCACCACUUACUCACAACUUACAAGCCGCUGCCGAAGAGGAAGUGUUCGCAGACGAUGAACGCUCUCCAACUAACACAGAACUUGUGAACAUGGAUGAAGCAGCUAUGGGUCAUUACUUAUGGACAGGGAGAAAUGAGUCUCCCGUAGCUGAUCAUGUAGAGGCGGAUACAUGUACAAAUAUGGCGGUGAACCAACAGAUGAGCUUGAGUACUCCGACGUUGAGGACUCCUGACGAUGAAGUAAAGAUAAGCAAUCAGUUAGUAAGGAUCGCUGCAGAAGAUGGGUCACCUUCUUACCAGCGAGGAUGGGGGAGAGGUGAGGCAGCCAUGAUAGACCAAGCAGUGAGUAACGGGAGUGACAGUGGCUCAGAUAAUUGUGCAAUAAUGGACGUCUAUAAUGAGGGGGUUACAGCAAGCCGGGUGAUGAGGUCCUUCUGUAAUGAGGCAGCUUCAGCUAACCUGGCUAUGAGAGACGUCCAAAAUGAGGGAAUGCCAGCUAACCAGGUUAUGAGGGGUGUCUAUAAUGAGGGAAUGCCAGCUAACCAGGUUAUGAGGGGCGUCCAUAAUGAGGGAAUGCCAGCUAACCAGGUUAUGAGGGGCGUCCAUAAUGAGGGAAUGCCAGCUAACCAGGUUAUGAGGGGCGUCCAUAAUGAGGGAAUGCCAGCUAACCAGGUUAUGAGGGGUGUCUUUAACGAGGAAACUGCAGCUAACCAGGUUAUGAGGGACUUCUAUAAUGAGGGAACCGCAGCUAAUGAGGACCUUGCAGUAGGCCAAGUAACAGGGAGUGUGAGGAACGCGACACCUACGUAUGAAAAGUUUAUGAGGAGUUAUGAAGCUGCCGCAGCGAAUCAGGGAAUAAAGGAUUUCAGUUGCGGAGAACCCUCAGUUCCGCAGGUAGGCAGGUAUAUCAGUGACGAAGGAGACGGAAGGAGUGAAGUAAGCAGGGUAGAGGACGGUAGGACUCCGGGUAGUGAGGGAGACAUAGAUAGUGAGAUAAACAGCGUAGAGAAUGAGGUAACGGCCGCAGGUGGACAGUGGACAACACGAGGCAGGAUCGCAAUUGCUAACCAGUUCAGAAUUAUCUGCGGUGGGCUAGCGAGCAUGACCCAUCUGGGGAACUUAAGUACAAAAAGAAGAACUAGUCACAAUGAAGAUGGCUCUUCUGAUCGCUCGGGGAGAGUAGAGGAUGAUGACUCCUCGUGUAAUUACUCGACUACCACACAAAAUAGCAAGUCUUCAAUCACGUCACUUGAUACCGAGAGUUCUGAGAGAGAUUUAGAGGAUCAGUAUAGGCAGGUGGUAAGUGAUACACCUCCAGCCAAUCAGAAGGGAUUUUUCUCCUUAGGGGGAUCUGCUGUAAAUAUAUUACGAGGACUGAGAAUGGAAAAAUCAGCAGGUAACCAACAAGACGUGAGGAAGCAACAACUAAUUCCUAUCAGUGAACAAAAUACAUCUGGGGAGAAGAAGGUUGAUGUUAAUCAUCGAGAAAAUAUGAACAGGAAAGGAACUGCUGUGUCUGGGGCAACACAUGACGGCAAUGUUGUUGAAAUAAAGCCAUUUAAUUAUUAUAAAAGUGUCAUUUCUCGUCACACUGCUGCGCUGAAUGAAAACAAAGCUCAUGCAGCAGAAAUAAUGGAGUAUGGAGAUACAGCAGAUAGUCAGGGUAGUGUUAAAAACAACACGGUAAUUGAAGCACACCGUCAGAGUUCAUCAUUGCAAAGUGAAGCUGCAGCCAACACGAUUCAGGAAAGAGGUUCUCGUUCUGUAAGAAGAAAAGAAAAACCAUCACGAGCUACAACUUUUGAGCGCUCGAGUGAUCCAGUGUUUAAUAUAGGUCCAAUUUCUUCCACGAGCACACAGAACUCCGAGUGUGGGGACUCAGAUCACUUAACUGAGAAUUCUCUUAGUAUAAGUAAUCAAGAUUUUGAUGAACUGUCAUCUUGGGAGCCUAAAAUCAACAAAGAAAUUACAACCAGGAUUGACCUUCUUGAAGAUCUUGUGUAUAGAUGUCUGGAAAACGAAGACGUGACGAUGAACACCUUGGGAGUGUCUGACAACGAGGAGUCGGCUUCUCCUUCACCCCUCGCUGUCUUGUCUCCUGUGAGCUGUGGUGCACGUGUGGACGUGAGACGUGGGGAACUGAAGGACUUGAUAAGCGAUCUUGGUGAGUUGGUCAGCAGUAUGAAUGAGAAAAGCAGAACACUCAGCGCUGAGAAUGUGGCUAAGUUUUUUGAAAAGACGGCCAGUGUUGUGAGAGAUCACUCACAGUCACCCGCCGUGCAUCUCACAGGCGACCAGGCUGACAGCUCACGCCACAGCUCACUCCACAGCUCACGAACUCAUUCUCUCAGUGAAGUUGAGUGGCUCAUCGAUGAUUUAAAUCACAGCAGCAAUCCGGAAAACAAAGGAAAUAUCAUAAAACCUUACGAUCAAGUUCAUAUCCAGUCAUCCAUCUUGAAUCGCAUCACCUACCUGGACGAUGUGAUGAACCGGUGCCUGGAGAACGAGGACGUCACUCUCAACACGCUCGGCUCUCCUGCGGUCUCACCACCUCCUGUACCAUCAGCACAACCCAAAGAAAAACGUAUCGACGCUAGUAAGAUCGAGCUAAAGGAUCUGAUAGGUAAUUUAGGGUCGAUGGUGGAUGAUCUUGGCCAGAAGUUUAAUGCCUACUUCCCAGAAUAAACCUGGAUCAAAAGUCCUAAAUCAAUUAAUAGAUUCACACGAAGAAGCUGUAGGUCCUCCGUCAGGGAAGUAAAAACGAUGUUAUAUAAUACUAAACACUGCCGUACUUUAAGGCUAGUGUGAUAAAGCUCACUGAUAAGACCUCCUGUUAUAUUCCCUCUAAUUUCUCCUUCGUCUCCCAGGUUUAUUGUCUCUCAUCUCCACCAUAGUGUCUCUCUUAUCUCCACCAUGGUGUCUCAUCUCAGUUUCGUCACAGCUCCAGGGUACAACAAUAAUCAUUCCAGGUUCAGUCAGCGUGGAGGAUGUUUAUACCGAGUGUUAAGUGGAUGUGGCUGAUGGUGAGUGAUGUAGUGAUAUACUCUUAAGCUUUGACUGAUAGAUGUAACUGAAGUGAAGAAUAAUGUAGAAUUAACAGAAUAUUAUGAUUUUAAGCUUUGUGAGGAGCUUAUUUUUGUAUUUAGUAGUAUAGUAUUGACAUAGUGAUAUUAUACUCAGAAAGUAGUGGUAGUGCUUUGAUUACAUGACUUAAGUGUGUUGUAGUAAAUAGUGGUUAGUUGAAGCCUGUCACUCACUCACGCCUCGUUACUUAUAACACCAUUGGGUAUAAUUACUUAGAGAUUUUACUACUUAUGGCAGACCUUAGUGACACAGUAGAAUGAAUAUGUAAAUUACUGUACAUGUUUACAUAAUUGAUAGUACAAAAUACAUUCAAAUUAUCGAUACUUUUUCUUUAUAGUCAGGUUAAAUUAUUACCUUUUCUUAAGAUACUGUAGGACACUAUUUGACUUAUGAUUGAUAUAGUGAGUUAUCGUUCUCCUGUCAAUAGUACACACACACACACACACACACACACACACACACACACACACACACACACACACACACACACACACACACACCAGCGAGGCGUGAGGGGACUGGCUAGCGGGAUAAACCUUCCUGGCGGAUGAGACAUGUAUACUGUAUCAACUCGCACACAUUCCUCAGUUACAUCAUGUCUUGCGAGGCCUCAGCUGCAGCAGACAUUUAUUUUGAGUUAUUUUAUGAUUUAUUUUGUUAAUCAUCCAUUUUAUUUCGUAGAGAACAUGUAGAAGACAUUAAUGAAUAAAGUAGAUGUCAUUA